AAACUUUAUAAGCCCUUCAGUCAUGCUAUGCGUGUGUGAGUGUGUGUGUUUGAAGGGGAAGGCUGAUUACGCAGCAGCAAGCUGCAAACUGCAGGUAAAGGCGACUCUGAGCUCUCAUGUGUCAGGACUGCAAACCGAAAUUUCUCUGAAAAUUUGAGGGUGUGCUCUGCUGGUUUCAUGGCUUUCCUUACCAAUGUCACCAUCCUUCUGGUCCUGGCUUGUAUUUCCCAUCAGCUGAUGGUGGGCAGCUGUCAAAAGAGCCGUGGACGUAGGGGACGAGAUGUGGACAGAGGUCAACACAAGGAUAGGUCAGGGCUAAAGGUGAACCGCCAACCCAAAUCCGCCUCUGUCCGGCCCAUUAAAGGCAAGCUGGUCACCAGAGACAAGUCAGAGUGCACCUGGGCUGCAACAGGUGAGGACCUCUUCAUCCUCGGCGUCACCUGCAAGAAAGAGGACACUAGCUUCAGCUGCGAGUAUGCUGCCACACCGACUGUUUGUCCAGAAUAUGCCUCCAAUGUUAAACUUUACUGGAAGCAGAUUGCCAGGGCACUGAGGAAGCAAAAGAAUCUGUGUCAGGACAGCAGCGCUUUGGUCAGGGCAGGCAUGUGCAGACGAGCUGCCACAGAUGCUCAUUUCAGACUCCGUGUUGCACAGAAAAAGAAGACUGCCUCACCUUAUGUUCCACCCAGAACUGUUAAAUCUUGUCAGCCUGGUAACAGCAAGUUGGCAAAAGAAUACUGCAAUGAUGCCUGGUCCAGUUUUUGCACCUUCUUUUUUACUAUGGUGCAGGAUUAUGAUUGCUGAGGCAGAAAAAAAAGCAAACGAAACUGAAUUAAAUUUGUCUCUGUAUGUAGGCCUAUCAACACUUAUCCAGUUAUAGACUCUUUAUAAACGCUUGCUGCUGAGCAGAAAGAUUUUCACAGAACAGUCUGAUUUAGAGUGCACACUUUCAUAUUGUUAACAGUGGUGUUACCUCUUAAUAAAUACUUUUUCUAGCCA